AUGGACUCACUGCACGCGAAUCUGCCAAACGGGGAAUCUGUCAAACUCAUCUUCUCCGCAAACCAGCCACAAGAUCUGGCUAGCCGGGUUGAACCGCUCCUGGGCAGCUGGCAGAUCACGCCGUCUGGAAAGGGACUGAAGAAAGAGUUCAUCUUCAAGACAUUCAACAGUGCGUGGAAAUUCAUGGACACCAUUGCGCAGGAGUGCAAGGUACAGAGACACCACCCUGAGUGGUCGAAUCUGUACAACAAAGUGACGAUCGAGUGGACGACGCAUAGACCAGAGGGAAUGAGUGUCAAAGAUGCCGAUAUGGCGGAGUUCUGCGAUCGGAUGGCGGCUGAGAUUGGGUUGAACAGCAGCGCGCCAGUAGUAGAUGCGGGAACGGGUAGUGCGAGGAAGCCUGCGCAGUGA